CUUCCUUCCUUCCUGCUGAGGAGAUUCCCAUUCUUCACACAAGUCUUCCAUGGAGUGCCCAACCAAUUCCAUCUCCAUGAUCUAUUCUCUCUCUCUCUCCCUCUCCCUCUCCCUCUCCCUCUAUAUAUAAGAUCGGAUCGGACCUAUUACGUAUUCUCCAACCUACUUACUUCACUUUACUUACUCUCAAAAAAACCCUAAGAAAACCGUACAGGCCGUCCCGCGAAAUUGAUCCGAUGGCAGGAAAGGGUUCGAGUUCAAACUCCAGAUGGUCGCUCUCCGGCUGCACCGCUCUGGUUACCGGCGGGACUCGCGGCAUCGGACAGGCGAUUGUGGAAGAACUGGCUGAAUUGGGUGCGCACGUUUACACUUGCGCCAGGAGCGCCGAGGAUCUGAACCAGCGCCUGCAGGAGUGGACUUCAAAGGGCUACAAAGUGGGUGGCUCUGUCUGCGAUAUGUCUUCCCGGGAACAGAGGGAAAAGCUCAUCGAGAGCGCCUCCUCUGCUUUCAAUGGCAAGCUCAACAUCCUUGUGAACAAUGCCGGGACUAAUGUGUUCAAGGCCACAGUUGAUUUCACCGCUGAAGACUAUGCAUCAGUGAUGUCUACCAACUUUGAAGCUUCCUUCCAUUUGUCCCAAGUUGCUCAUCCUCUUCUCAAGGCCGCUGGGAACAGCAGCAUCGUCUUCAUCUCCUCUGUUGCGGGUCUUACCCAUGUCUUUGUCGGAUCCAUUUAUGGAGCCAGCAAAGCGGCCGUGAACCAACUCACAAAGAACUUAGCCUGCGAGUGGGCGAAGGACAACAUUCGGGUCAAUGCCAUCACUCCCUCCUUCAUCACUUCGCCAGCCGUCGGAUCUAUGCUGGAGCAUAAUACAGCGCUGGCCGACAAGGUAAAAACCGAAACACCACUUGGGCGUGCCGGAGAGCCUAAAGAAGUGGCGGGCUUGGUGGCUUUCCUCUGCCUCCCGGCAGCCUCGUAUAUCACCGGACAGAUUAUAUCUGUCGAUGGAGGAUCCACUGCCAAUGGCUUCUCCUUCCCAUAGACAAACAAUAAUUAAUUAGUUACGUUUGUUUGCCCGAUUAUCUUUGUGGUGUAUUUCUCACAUUUCUUCUUGUUCUUAAAAGUAUUUUGUGAUGCAUUUUUCAUAUUUCUGGUCGUAAAAGCAUAAUGUGAGUAUAACUCGAGUUGUGAGAACGGGUUGACUAUAUAUACAGUUUGUGUGUUGAGACAAUAAUGAAAUGCUUUAACUAUA